AUGCCGAUUAAGGAACAUGGUCGCCAGUACGACGUUGUCGUCUUUGGAGCCACCGGCUACACCGGCAAGCUGACGGCGGAAUACAUCACCACCCAUUUGCCUACCGAUUUGAAGUGGGCGGUUGCAGGCCGCUCCGAGUCGAAGCUCCAGACCGUUGUGGAUGAGUGCAAGCGACUGAACUCUGACCGCACUCCUCCAGCGAUUGAAAUCGCUAACCUCAAUGACGAGGACUUGAGUGCCCUGGCAAAGAAGACCUGUGUGCUCCUCACGACGGUCGGCCCGUAUGCCCUCUAUGGUGAGCAUGCCUUCAAAGCCUGUGCUGAGAAUGGAACACACUACGUCGACGUGACCGGCGAGGCUGCCUGGGUCAGCAAAAUGAUCAAGAAGUAUGAGGAGACCGCGAAGGUCAGCGGUGCCAUCUUGUUCCCUCAGACAGGUGUCGAGUCUGCGCCUGCGGAUCUCACCACUUGGGCUCUGGCCAAGGCGAUUCGCACUGAGCUGGGUGCUCUUACCAAGGAUGUAAAACUUUCCAUCCACAACAUCAGCUCGACACCAUCUGGAGGCACCCUUGCCACCGUGAUGGCCCUCUUUGACGUGUUCUCAGUUGAGGAGGUGAGGGCGGCGAGCAGCCCGUACGCUCAAUCCCCUAUUCCCCACGCGGAGCCCUCGCGGCCUAGGGAUUCCAUCUUGGAGAAGGUCUUUGGUGUGCGGAGCAUUCCCAACCUGGGCAUGUUGACAACGUCUCCCAUGGGAUCUACCGACAUUGCUGUUGUUGAACGUACUUGGGGCCUCCUCUCGGAAACGCCAUCCAGGAAGGACCAGUUUUACGGCCCCAAGUUUACGUGGGGAGAGUACCUCAAGACUCGAAACUGGCUCAGCGGCAUGGCCCUCCAUUGGAUGCUAAUUGUUGGCAUGGCGAUCCUCGCUCUUGUCCCCCCGGCGAGGACCGUCAUCAAGCGCUACGUCUUUCAACCGGGAGAGGGCGCGAGCAGGGAGGACACAGAGAAGGAGGAGAUUGAGUAUCGAGGAGUUGCAUACCCAGACUCUGAGAAGGCUGCUGGCAAGAUUGCCUACUGCAGGACCUGGCACCGCGGUGGCAUGUAUUAUUUGACGGGAAAGCUGCUAGCCGAAACCGCGGCAACCAUCCUUGAGGACGACAAUGAGCUGGAUGGGGGAAUCUACACUCCAGCUUGUUUGGGACAAGGCUUGAUUGACCGACUUGACAAGGCUGGCCUCAAGUUUGAGGUCAAGCUUCUCAACGCGUGA